CUUGAUAAUAGGUAGUCUUUGGUAGCACUCUGUCAACCAACUGUCAACUCUGUGGCGUGUGUAUCAAAGAAAAAAUAUGGCAAUACGUCACGAAAACAAUAAAUAAAAUAUCAAUGUUUAGGAAUUAAAUAUAGUUACAUCAAUUAUUUGUACAAUGGCAGAAAAAAAUACACCUCUUUUAGCUGUUCUACAACUUCUAAGGAAAUAUAAUCUAAAGGGUACGGAAGAUAUUUUAAGGAAAGAAGCAAGCUUAGGCGAUGUUGAAUUUGAGAAUUUAGAUCUUCCGGAGGUCGAGUUAGCAAGUAUUCUUACCUCGCAUCAUACCGAAAGUGAUCCAUACAGCUAUGAGUUUGCUUAUGAUAAUUUAAAGAAAUUUAUUGAGAAUUCACUCGAUAUUUACAAGCAUGAAUUGUCCACACUUUUGUAUCCAGUAUUUGUUCAUAUGUAUCUGGCACUAAUACUCUAUGACCACAAUGAGCAUGCUGCUAAUUUUUUGGAAAAGUUUGGUCUUGAGCAAGAAGAUUAUUACCAAGAUGAUUUAAAGCGGUUGUCUAUUGUUAAACAUAAAGAUCAAAUCAAAGGAAAUGAAUUGGCUGAAAUUUACAGCACAAAUAAGUUUGUGGUACAACUAUCUAGAGAUGCAUCAUCACAGCUGAAACGUUUUCUUCAAGAGCAGAAGAGUUCAACAGUUAUAAUCAACAUCAUAAACAACCACAUUCAGGUGGAUGUACAUGAUGGUCCUGGCAGAACACAAGCUCAAGUACGCUCCACUACUGGUGGACUUCUUGGUGAAGCCACUAGAAAUGAAAAUCGUACAAAGGUUUACUAUGGCCUAUUAAAAGAACCUGACAUUCAAGUACUUCCUGCACCUGUAGAAGACGAAGAAGAAGCAGAGGAAACCCCUGAUAAGCCAAAAAAGAAAAAGGCUAAAAAGGAAAAUAUCUUUAUGAAAAAACCUAAGUCGGAUCCAAAUGCUCCUCCAAAUGAUAGAAUUCCAUUGCCAGAACUUAAAGAGACAGACAAAAUUGAAAAGGGUAAAGCUAUAAGAGAAGCUUCAAAACGUAUUCAACUGGGACCAGAAAGUUUACCAUCAAUUUGUUUCUACACACUACUUAACAGUGGUCAUACUGCUAUUUGUACUGAUAUAUGUGAUGGCUCCACAUUGCUGGCUGUAGGCUUCAGUAACUCCUGUAUUAAGGUGUGGACAUUGACUCCAGUGAAAUUGCGUGGAAUGAAGUCUGCAGAAAAGUUACUUGACAUUGACAGAGAAGCAGGUGAUGUACUUGUUAGAAUGAUGGAAGAAAGAGAUAGAGAUACAUGUCGAUCUCUGUAUGGACACUCUGGACCAGUCUACAAAGUAGCUUUUGAUCCUUUUAAAACAAUGCUGCUGUCAGCUUCUGAAGAUUCCACUGUCAGAUUAUGGUCCUUACAAUGCUGGACUUGUCUGGUGGUGUAUAGAGGCCAUGUGUGGCCAGUUUGGGAUGUUCGUUGGUCUCCACACGGUCACUACUUUGCAACAUCUGGUCAUGAUCGUACUGCACGACUUUGGGCAACUGAUCACCAUCAACCUUUAAGAAUUUUUUCAGGACAUUUAUCAGAUGUUGACUGUGUCCAAUUUCAUCCAAAUUCCAAUUACGUGGCCACUGGUUCUAGUGAUAGAACAGUGCGCUUGUGGGAUUGUUUAACAGGAACACAAGUUCGGAUUAUGACUGGACAUAAGUCGACAAUAUUUACUUUGGCAUUUUCCGUUUGCGGCCGAUGGCUGGCGUCAGGCGGUAAUGGCGAGCUCAUAGUAUGGGAUAUUUCCACUGGUAUGCCUGGUGCGAUAUUGCCACCGCUACACACUGCUCCCAUCCAUGCACUAGCCUUUAGUCGUGAUGGUACCAUUUUAUCAUCAGGUUCUUUGGAUUGUAGCAUAAAAUUGUGGGAUUUCAAUGCUAUCACAGAAGAAGCAAAUGGUGAAGAAGUAAGUUCCACCAACAAUGCUGUACAGAAGGAGGACAAGUAUUUGCUGCGUUCAUUUGCCACGAAAAAUUCGCCUAUAAAAGGUCUACAUUUUACUCGACGCAAUCUUCUACUAGCUGUAGGUUCCUAUGAAGGUAGUUCAUAAAAUAACAUUUAAAGUAAGAUAAAAUGAAAAAUUUGCAUUAUGUUAUUAGAUUUUUAUUAACAUAGCCAGUCUAUGGAGCAUUUAAGACACUUGAGUUAAUGCCAAUUAAACUUACAAAUCUAUCUUAAACAUGUCAUUAUAGCCAUUAAGAUUUUGCUGAUUUUAUAAUUAUCAAAAUAAAUAAUAAUUUCACAAAAAUGUGUUUAAUUUUAUAUCUCAUAGUUGUUUCACAGAAUAAAAAUGGCUUGAUGGUUAAUAUAAUGUUAUGCUAAUUGCAGAAAAAAAGCUCUUUCGGAUGUAAUGAAAUGUAUCAUUAAAUUUAAAACAGAUUCAUUACUCCUUGCAACUUGAGCUUUCAUAGCUUGUUUAAAAUCUUCUUUAACACCUUUAUCUGCUCCUCUGGUGCCUAUUCUUCUCUGCCCUAAAUGUUGUUGAGAAUUUGGUAAAAUAUCAAGAACAAUGUUGUUUCCUUGUUCAUUCCAAAUGAAACUCAGUUCUUCUAAUAUGUCUAUGUGAAUAAUGUAGGAAGUGAAAAGGUGAUAAUGAAACACACCUUUUUGUCGUAUGACAUCAAUUAUAUGUAUAAAAAUAGCCUCUUCCUGUGGCCACCCCAGUUGCAUCAGUACAAGCAUAUGGCCGUAUGCUAUAUCAGUAGUAUUACCAGUGUUUAAUAAAAUUCUAAUAAGCAAUGUGCAAAAAUAAUGCAUAAUGGCAACUUUAGUAAGAGGCAAAAAAUGUAGAUGUCUAUGUUUACCCCCUACAAUUAAUUCGGGUUCUAAAAUGCCUUCUACAUUUGGCAAUUGGGGCAAAGCAGCAAGUAUACUCUCAACACAGGCAGUAUAGUUUUUUUGAAAGUAGUUUAUAGAUACCCUUACUAUGCUAGCUGUUAAAUUUGUUAUGGUUGCUUGGGGCAUAGCCUCUUCAUAUUUUCCUCUGUAUAAAGCAAAUUCAUCAGCAAAGCCCUCCGCCCAUGGCUUGGUUUGCAAUUGAUUUGCCAGUUUUGUAAACUCUCUUGAAAUGAGGUCAUUACUGUGUAGCAACUCCCAACAAUUAGCAGCAGCUUGGAAUUGAUGAGAUGAUAUACCUGUCACUUCCAAAUCACCUUUUCUUCUUUUAGAUGGGGCAACUUCAGGGUCUGACAAGGCCUCUACAAGUAUAUGGUUUCCUUUUAAAGAUUUAUGUUCAUAGAGAGAUCUCAAAAAGAAAGUUGUGCCACAAUAUAAAAGUUGACGACAGUCUUCACUGUUCCUUAAAGACAAUAAUUUUUGAAAAUAUGUUUCUUUGUUUAAGCUGUUGCUAUAAUUAACAAAAAAUGAAUCCCAACCCAAUUGUCUCCCCAUCAGAUCCAAGACACCAAAGAGUCUUUGCCAAGGAUCUGUGAUAUCGUGUUCAUUUUCAUCAUAUACAUAAGAGUUAUAAAAAUCUAUAGCUUUAAUUACCAAGCGUUGUAACAAUCUUGGUGAUUCUAAUAAACUGAGCAGAGGCAAUGUUUCAACUACCAAAAGUCUAGCAUAGCGGUUGUCAUAAAAAAAUUUUUCAGCAUUAAUCAAUGUCUUCACUAAACUAUCCACACCAAGCUGAGGAAAUUUCUUUAAAAGUAAAACUAGUAAACGGCAGUGUUCCAUUGUGUCAUCACUAUUCUCAACACUUGUCUUCAGUAUUGUCAAUUGAAUAUCUGGACAAAUAUUAUCAAACAUUUGACUUAGAAAGCUUCCUUCCGAUGAUCUUAGAGCAUUUGCAAUUGCUGAUAUUUCAGGCAACAAAGAUGGAAGAUUCUGCCUUGACUUCAUCAAGGAACUGAAACAUUCGGCUGCCUCUUGAACAUUUCCAGAUUGCUUUUCCAUUAAGUAAGCUUCAAACUGAAUUUUAAAGUUAGUAGGAAAUAACGUUUUCGCCGUUAACAUCCAUGCUUUAGCCGAGUGAAUAUUAUAUUUCUGAGCGUCUUUGGCUUUAGAAAUAAUAUAAUCCUCAUCACUCAAAGCGGAAUCGAUAGCUGGCAUUUUUUACUGAAGAAAUUUCGAACACGUACU